GCGGCAGUGGCAGCUUUACGGCAAGCUCUGGCCGGGCUUGCUUGACGGCGGUGUGGCGCAGGCCCCGCCCGAGGCGGCAGGAACCUGGAGGGAGGCGGAGGAAUAUGUCCGAGAGGGAAGUGUCGACAGCACCGGCGGGAACAGACAUGCCUGCGGCCAAGAAGCAGAAGCUGAGCAGCGACGAGAACAGCAACCCGGACCUCUCUGGAGACGAGAAUGAUGAUGCUGUCAGUAUAGAAAGUGGUACAAACACUGAGCGCCCUGAUACACCUACAAAUACAGCAAAUGCACCUGGAAGGAAAAGCUGGGGAAAGGGAAAAUGGAAGUCAAAAAAAUGCAAAUAUUCUUUCAAAUGUGUAAAUAGUCUCAAGGAAGAUCAUAACCAGCCAUUAUUUGGAGUUCAGUUUAACUGGCACAGUAAAGAAGGAGAUCCAUUAGUGUUUGCAACUGUAGGAAGCAACAGGGUAACCCUAUAUGAAUGCCACUCACAAGGAGAAAUCCGGUUGUUGCAAUCUUACGUGGAUGCUGAUGCUGAUGAAAACUUUUAUACUUGUGCCUGGACAUACGAUAGCAAUACAAGCCAUCCUUUGCUGGCUGUGGCUGGAUCUAGAGGCAUAAUUAGGAUAAUUAAUCCUAUAACGAUGCAAUGCAUAAAGCACUAUGUUGGCCAUGGAAAUGCUAUCAAUGAGCUGAAAUUCCACCCAAGAGAUCCAAAUCUUCUCUUGUCAGUAAGUAAAGAUCAUGCUUUGCGAUUAUGGAAUAUCCAAACGGACACUCUGGUGGCAAUAUUUGGAGGUGUAGAAGGACACAGAGAUGAAGUUCUAAGUGCUGAUUAUGACCUUUUGGGUGAAAAAAUAAUGUCCUGUGGUAUGGAUCACUCUCUUAAACUUUGGAGGAUUAAUUCAAAGAGAAUGAUGAAUGCAAUCAAGGAAUCCUAUGAUUAUAACCCAAAUAAAACUAACAGGCCAUUUAUUUCUCAGAAAAUUCACUUUCCUGACUUUUCUACCAGAGACAUACAUAGGAAUUAUGUCGAUUGUGUGCGAUGGUUAGGCGAUUUGAUACUUUCCAAGAGGGGCCGUGCCAUUUUACAUUCCCACCAGAAAUGUAUGAGAGAUCCAGUUUCUGGGAAGCUUCGCCGGAAUUUGUCUUGUGAAAAUGCCAUUGUGUGCUGGAAACCUGGCAAAAUGGAAGAUGAUAUAGAUAAAAUUAAACCCAGUGAGUCUAAUGUGACUAUUCUUGGGCGAUUUGAUUACAGCCAGUGUGACAUUUGGUACAUGAGGUUUUCUAUGGAUUUCUGGCAAAAGAUGCUUGCAUUGGGCAAUCAGGUUGGCAAACUUUAUGUUUGGGAUUUAGAAGUAGAAGAUCCUCAUAAAGCCAAAUGCACGACACUAACUCAUCAUAAAUGCGGUGCUGCUAUUCGACAAACCAGUUUUAGCAGGGACAGCAGCAUUCUUAUAGCCGUUUGUGAUGAUGCCAGUAUUUGGCGCUGGGAUCGACUUCGAUAAAUUAACUUUUUUUCUAAUCAAAAUUAAAAGAGUUUUGUCUGUAUACAAUAGAAUCUUUUAAUGUAUCUUGCUAGUAGGGGCACUUAGAGCAUUUAGAGUUGUCUUUCAGCAUUCAAUCAGGCUGAGCUGAAUGUAGUGAUGUUUACAUUGUUUACAUUCUUUGUACUGUCUUCCUGCUCAAAUUCUACUGCUUUUAAUAAAAUUUAUUUUUAUAAA